UGAGAGAGAAAGAGAGAGGAAGGCAAGAGUGCAGAGAGAAGCAGGAGAGAGAGAUAAGGUUGCCUGGGCUGAAGGUGGUGGAGAUAGUUUUCAGACUUUGCUUCUAGUUUCCUUCUCAUUGCACGUUGGGGGGGAAGAGCCUCUGGGGCCAUCCAGAGAAUAGAGGAAGAUCAAGGAAAGAGUGUUUGGAAGGGGUGAAAGAAAGAAAAGAAGAAGGAGGACUGGCUGCUCCAAGAGAAAUCAUUGAGUGGAUGUUGCCGUACUCAGUAGUGUCAGGUUUCACAAAAUGAAAGACCACUACAAGAGCUCUUCUGCAGGGCUCAACCAACCAAGCCAGGAUGCCAGCUGCUAGCAUCAUGACUGGCGGAAGAGCGCUGCUGCUCUGUACGAACACAGAGAACUGCAUCUACCAGUCAGUCAACGGGCUCCAGUGCUGUGGCUUACAGCUUGAAGACGCUCAAUCUGUGGUGUCACAUAGGCCGGACCUGUCCAGGGUUGUGGACACACAGUCCCCCCUAACAUCCCUGGACAACGCUGACCGUUUCCCUAGGAACAUGGACAUGCUCACCCAAAAGAGACCGAGUGACACUUAUCCUGUUGAAAAUGGCCUGGGGGGUUGCAACAAGCCCACGAAAACUCCUGUGGGAAUCAAAAGCACUGCCAGCAUUAGGGACAAAAUAUCCCAAUGGGAGGGCAAAACAGAUAGUGCUGGACCAAACCCACAGACUAUCAUCCAGAAAGAAACAGAAAGUGUGAGGAAGAAGGAUAUAAAAACUACAGAGGUACAAAGAAGAGACAGUAAAAGAGGUUUUAGCUGUGACAGACAGGACAUUGGCAAAGAGAAUGGAAAUAAGAUUGGAGAAUCAAGGAGAAGUUCAGAGGCAUGUACAAGGGAAAGAGAUGUGAUACUGGACAAAAUGCCUGUGGGGAAAACCGACAUUGUCCAAGACAAGAAAUCUGUUUUGACGCACAUUAAGAAACUUGAGCAAGCCAUGAAGGAGGCACCUACUAAACCAUCCUUGCCAGGCAACUAUUUCUGCCCACCUUCUAAAGACAAACAAGAGGAAGCAGAGAAAAAGGCUGCAGAACCCAUCUUCGGGACUGUGGAAGUGGUGAGGGCUGGGAGCCGCCGUGGUCGAAACAGAGACCCUGAGAAUGUGUACACUGAACCUGGAGCUCCGUCCAUUAACCCUCUGCCCAAACCUCAACGUACAUUUCAGCACCACACUCAGACAAACAGCCCUGGACCUCUUCAAGGUUCAGCAAAGGGGAGACGGAAUUUGCCCCCUUUGCCCUCGAUACCCCCUCCACCACUUCCCUCCUGCCCUCCACCUCCUGGGGUGUGUCAGAGGCCUUGGCAGGAACACACUCGAGACAGUAAUAACAGGAAGUCAUAUGAGUUUGAGGAUUUGUUGCAGUCAUCCACUGAGGGCUGUCGAGUGGAUUGGUACGCUCAGUCCAAGCUGGGUCUCACACACACUUUAUCUGAGGAGAAUGUCUAUGAAGACAUCUUAGAUCCUCCGUCUAAAGAAAACCCUUAUGAAGACAUAGAAUUGGAAAGCCGCUGUUCUGGAAACAAAUAUCCUGUUCCAACGUCACCGUCUUCACCCACCCUCGACACUCCAACUAAGCUCUCCUCUAAGCCUGGCUUCUUCAGGCAGAGUUCAGAACGGCGGAGCUUCAAACUAUUAGAUCUGCGCAAGACAAACAGAGAUGGGGGCAUUGCGUCACCUUCAAGGAUAAGCCCUCCUUCAACCCCCAGCAGCCCUGAUGAUACACCAUGCCUCUCUGGAGACCCCUAUAACCGCAGACGAAGGAAAAUCCCCAAGAUGGUGCUGAAAAUAAAUGGCAUCUUUGAGGCCCGGAGAGGGAAGAAGAAGAUGAAGCGGGUCUCUCCAUCGACUGAAUCCAGCUCAGGGCGAGUAACAGAUGAAAACAGUGAAUCAGAGAGUGACACAGAAGAAAAGCUGAAAGCUCACAGCCAGAGGUUGGUGUCAGUGCAGUCCAUGUUAAAACAGACGGACCGGUAUCGCACGCUGGAGAGAGAUUUGAUGGACCUACAGGAGAGGAAACUGUUUGAGUACUUCCUAGUGGUGGCCCUACAUAAAACCAAAGCAGGAGCCCCUUAUUUGCCUGAAGUCACCCAGCAGUUUCCACUUAAGCUGGAGAGGAGUUUCAAGUUCAUGCGAGAGGCUGAAGAUCAGCUGAAGGUCAUUCCUCAGUUCUGCUUUCCUGAUGCCAAAGACUGGGCCCCUGUGGACAAUUUCCCCAGUGAAACUUUUUCAUUUGUCCUGACGGGGGAAGAUGGGAGCAGAAGAUUUGGCUACUGUCGACGUUUACUGCCUACUGGGAAGGGGAGGCGUCUGCCUGAGGUCUACUGCAUAGUGAGUCGACUGGGAUGUUUUGACCUCUUCUCAAAGAUGUUGGAUGAGGUGGAGAAAAGGAGAGCGAUUUCCCCGGCUCUGGUGCAGCCCUUCAUGAGGGGCAUCAUGGAGGCUCCAUUCCCCGCCCCAGGCAGAACCAUUACUGUGAAGAACUUCCUGCCAGGCUCAGGAACCGAGGUAAUAGAGCUGUGUCGUCCCUCUGAUUCCCGGCUGGAGCACGUGGAUUUCGAGUGUCUCUUCUCCUCUUUGAGUCUGCGUCUCCUCCUGAGAGUCUUCGCCUCACUGCUGCUGGAGCGGAGAGUGAUCUUCACAGCAGACAAGCUCAGCACUCUGUCUCAGUGUUGUCAUGCAGUGGUGGCCCUGCUCUAUCCCUUCACAUGGCAGCACACAUACAUCCCCGUGUUGCCCCCCGCUAUGAUGGACAUUGUUUGCACUCCAACACCUUUCAUUGUGGGCCUGCUGUCCAGUUCUCUGCCUCGACUCAAGGAGCUCCCCCUAGAGGAGGUCCUGGUGGUGGACCUUGGCAAUAGCCGUUUCCUACGACAGAUGGAUGAUGAAGACUCCAUUCUGCCUCACAAACUGCAGACUGCUCUUGAGUAUGUUCUGGAGAAGAGGAAAGAGUUGGCCUCUGACAGAGGAGAACUUCCCACUGAACACUGCUCUCUGAGUGCUGUGGUGUCCGAGGCUUUUGUCCGCUUCUUUGUAGAAAUAGUCGGACACUACUCACUCUUCAUGGGCGGCAACGAACGUGAUGAGGAGUCCUCAGCCUCUUCCUCCUCCCCCACGCCAUUGUCCUUCCAACGCGAGGCCUUCCGGAAGGCUAUGUCCUCGAAGAGUCUGCGCCGCUUCCUGGAGGUCUUCAUGGAGACGCAGAUGUUCGCAGCCUUUAUUCAGGAGAGGGAGAUGCGCAGGCAGGGACUGAGAGGCUUGUUUGAGGUUAGGGCUCAAGAUUACCUGGACUCACUGCCUGGAGCUGAGAAUCGAGGAGUAAACAAGUUUCUCAAAGGUCUAGGACACAAAAUGAAAUUCCUUUCCAAAAAGUAGAGAGUGUCUUCAUGUUUGGUGGACAGAUUUAAGCACCAGUUCAGCUCCACUGCAAAGACAUGAACCUGAGAUCUCAUGACAGCACUGAGACUGGGGGGAAACGCCAUGAGCUCAGCAAUAACACAAAACUCAGACAUCAAUUCUUCUCUGAAAUCUUCAUUAAAUGCUUAUCUCCCAUUUUUCUCACAUCAAACAAGUACCAAGGUCAUGUUUCACCAUAAACUGGUGUGUUUUCUAAGCGCAUGUGUGUAUGUAUGUGCGUGUGUGUGUGUGUGUGUGUGUGAGUGUUUGAAUAACUGCUCACUUUCUAUAAAAUAUGCUACAAGGUUAGAGGAGAAUGUAGGCAUGGACCAAAGUUUAAUUUCCUGUACAGUCCUUUUUUUUUUUUUAAAUUUCACAUAAAAAUUGUUUGAUUUUUGGAUUGCUGAUAUUUUUUCUAAGAAAUAGAGUACAACUUCUGUAACGGGGGCAAUAAUUUAAUUUAUAUUCUUUCUAGAAAAAGACACUUAUAAUUUCUUACGCAAAACUUUGUCGCCUUUUAAAUACAAAAAUAAACAGAAAUGUUGCUAGUUUGUUAUAGACUAUUUAUCGCAGUAUAUUCCAGACUUUGGAUUUGUGAGUAAAAUACCACUGUGACUGGUCGUUUAUGUUGGGAAUUGAAAAAGGUUGGCAGGAGAUGAGUGGAAUCUGGAAGCUGACAGAUUCAUGGAGGCAAGUAACCUGUUCUGGGAUACAAAUCUGCAUACAAAUCUCGGACUGUAUCGAACAAUGGACUUCAUUUAGAUAUGUUUUCUUUGUCUUUUGCUGUUCAUUUUAAAAACACCACUAAAUGUGUCUGAAACCUGAUUAACAAAAGAGCUGCUGGUCUCUGUUUCAAAAUGUCUCAUAGCUGUGAUUUGACUUGUAUCAAAGUAAUUCCAGGUUACAUUUGCUUUUCAUACACCAGUAAUAAGGAUCCAGCCUUCCGUCUACACCACUGGGGGUCACUACAGAGAGGACUUCACUUUGUCUUGUGUGUAUUUUUAUUUAUUAUUUUUUUUCUUGCUAAUGUUAGUAAUGUUUUUUUUUCAUUUUGUUUAAACCAAAAAUCACUGAACUUUCUUAUUAGCAUUUUUCAAAUUAAAGACAUGCAAACUUCCAGUAUCAAAAAAAACAAAACAAAAAAAAAACAGGCAUACCGACUGCUCUUUUGUUUUGUGUAUAUAAUUAUUUGAUAGAUUUCAGUAAUUUGGUGGUCUUAGCAUUGCCUUCAUAUGUGGGAUCACAGUAGUGUGAUUAUGAACAGCAAUUAUAAUGAGGCAAAUAGAGAGCUGAUUCAGUGAAACACGUAUCCUCACCUUCUUUACUCCCUCACUCGUAUCACACACUUCUCCUCUGAGAACACCUACUGAAUUCUUAUUGAAGAUGACCUCCAGAAGAAAACCAAACAGAUACACAUGGCACAAAUCCAUACAAGCACGAUGUCAGUACAUAAAAUGAGUACUUUGUCUUUUGUGGUUUAUAUUUCACAGGGUCAGUUUCAUAGCUGUUGCUUAUUUCAUCACAAAGAUCAGGUUGUUUAAAGCAAUUAUUUAAAAUUAUAUGAAAUAAAGUGAUUUUUAACAGAACAUCAAGAACCAGCAGUUGUGGGAUGUCAUAGCAUUUGUCAAUUCAGUUAUUUUUUUUUGCAGAUCUAAAUUCUGUAAAUAAGAAGGUCAAAAGUGAACUGUCUGUAGCACUAAUGUGAAAAACAGUCAUUGUUUUACAUUAAUGAUGAAAAUCAAUAUUUCAGCAAAUAUUACCAAAGGAAAGCACUAGAGACACAUCCACACUCUAUGACUUACAAAGUCUGGAAAAAGGAAUUUGAAUUAUUCAUAUAUAAUUGUAUGAUAUACAGUAUGUGGGAUGACAGGUCAGAUUAAAUUUAUGUAUUGGGAAAAUAAAUUGGUAAUUCUAAUUUGUAAAUAUGGAGAUUUUAAAGUUCAACUCUUCAUUUAUAAAUAAAUAUAAAUGUUUAUUUUUUUAAUUAUUUAAGUCUUUUAAAAAAUACAGAAGUUGAAAUGAGAGAUCUAGAUUGUAAUCAAUCUAAUUUUAAUUACAGGAUUCUUCUAGACUACAGCAGGUUGUGCUGUGAUUAUUGUCAUACAACUGAAUUACAUUCUUGUGACAUAAUUGUCCACUCUUUCAAUAAACUUAAUUAAACACUGGAAAUUAAUUAUUUAAAAAAAUAUUUUAAGUUCAGUGAGUUACAUAUUUGUUUCUUAAAAAUAUUAUCUACACUAUAUGGCCAAACUUUUGUGGACACCUGACCAUCACACCCAUAUGAGGAUUUUCUUGAAGCUGUUGCCACAAAGAUGGAAGCACAGAAUUGUAUAGAAUGUCUUUGUAUGCUGUAGAAUUACAAUUUCCCUUCACUGGAACUAAGAGGCCCAAACCUGGUCCAGCAUGACAGUGCUCCUGUAGACAAAGUGAGCUUCAUGAAGACAUGAUUUGCCAAGAUUGGAGUAGAAGAACUCGAGUGUCCUGCACAGAGCCCUGACCUCAACCCCACUCAACACCUUUGGGAUGAACUGGAACACUGACUGCACCCCAGACCUCCUCACUCUUCAUCAGCACUUGACCUCACUAAUGCUCUUGUGGCUGAAUGAACACAAAUCCCCACAGCCACGCUCCAGAAUCUAGUGGAAAGCCUUUACAGAAGAGUGGAGAUUAUUAAAAAGCACAUAUGGGUGUGAUGGUCAGGUGUCCACAAAAUUUAGGCCAUUUUUGUUGACCCUAUAAUCAUUAAGGC